UUAUCUCCGAGGCCGAGGACCCCAUAUAAAGGCGCCAAAGACCAAGGAAGGCGUCGUGGCGGCAGACUGUCAGGCUGCAGGCUCUGGUCACAACUAGCUCCAGCAGGUCAUGAUGGCCGUGAUAAGGGAUCUUCUUCAGGCGUGUCUGAUGGCGGCGACGGUGGCGGCAGUAGUGGCAAUGGCUGCUGUAGAGCCAGUGAAUGGCGGUCCUGAGGAGGGGGAAGAGUCAGCCUUGGCGCAGCGGGUGGCGGUGCUGGAGGCGGUGGUGGCGCGGCUGGUGGCGGCGGAGGAGGACGGUGGCUUGGGGCAGCUGGAGAGGAGCGUGGCAGCACUGGAGAAUGACAUUACCAUGCUCGCCCUCCUGGACUCUCGGAUUAGGGCCAUGGAGUCUGAGCAGCGCCUCCUGAGUCGAGACGUGACCAGCAUGGGGCGCGGCGUCAGACAGCAGGAGCAAGAGGUGGAGGCUGUGAAGCGACAGGUGCGGCAGCUCGAGGCAUCGGCUGAGAGGGAGGAGGAGCCAACCUGCUGCCGCCCACUUAACGAGAGCAUACUUCGGGCGGAGGAACGAGGACGCGGGGUCAACGCCUCUCUGUCUGACCUGCGCCGCCACUUGCACAACCUCUCGCACGAUCUACAAGACCUUCAGCAGCAGACCCGUCACCUGCUGUUAUGCCCAGCGCCCUACGUCAAGAUGGGCGGAGAGUGCUUCCACCUGCUGGAGGGAAAGUGGGCGUGGGAUGAGGCCAGGGUUCAGUGCCAGGAGUUGGGAGCAAAUGUGGGCGGACACGGGGACCUGGCAACACCUGCAGACGUGGCCGCCUUCAGAGUGUACGUUGAAGCACUUGAAGCAGGAUCAAAAUUUCUGUGGGUGGGGGGCGUUCGCGAAGAUGGCAGGUGGCGGUGGGUGUCCGAGGCCUCGCGAGAGGAGAAGGAGGAGGAGGAGGAGGAGGAAGAGGACCAGGAGGAAGGCUCGCCGCUUGGCCUUCCUUGGGACAUCGGGGAGCCUGACAACUUUCCGGAUCAGCAAUACCUCUGCAUCCACUCCGUCGGCAGCAUCAAGUUCCAUGACUGUUUGAACUCCGCCUAUAUCCCCGCCGUGUGUCAAGUAAUAUGAACACACACACACACACACACACACACACACAGUUUGGACGAGGAGAUAAGAACACCCAUGAAUUUAGGGCAGAGUUAAUAGGACAGAAACAGAUAUGGAGACAGGACAAGUAGGUACACACACACACACACACACACACACACACACACACACACAAAGCGCUUCCCACUUCCUUUCUUGGUAUGAGGCUUACCCCGAAACUCCAAACGAUAAUAAGUAAUUCAUUACGGUCAACAAGCGUGUGCAUUUCACUACUAUACUUAAUUAUUUUUUGCAAACAAUGUACUUAGUAAUAUGAAAGAGUUAUUUUAUUGUCCAAUGUUCAUUUAACUUUUACAGGGGGGUUUGCCCAGUAUAUUAAGAUUAAUGUCAUUUUCUUGAUUUGGAAAAAUUACUUCGUUGAACUUUAUGAUUACAACUGCCGAUUAAGUAAUGUUAUGGUUGCUUUCUCUCAUUUUUACAAACAACAAUGCAUGAACCUGGAAAAAUACAUAAUAGCUCUUUCAAAAACUGAAUCUAGUAAUGUACAUUUGAUAGUUUUCUGUGUCAUUUAUGAAGAACAAUAGCAUCAACAAAACAGCUAUGACGAAACUUAUUAUUUUUGUCCCCUUGGAUCCGUGCAACCUGCUGCCCAAACCUGCCCCUUCACCGGCCCUCCUGCCCCCUGAACCUUUCUGCCGCCCUACGAAGCCGCCGCCGCCGCCAAACUUUGGGCACCACUGUUUUGAGUCGUGCUUCAAGAAACAUGCUCAUUACCAGACUGCUGCACACACACACACACACACACACACACACACAGUCGCACGCCGGCAUCCGCAUUUUCGAACAAGAAGAAAAAAAAAUGCCAUUGUUUGUGAGAAUAAAAGAAUAUAUUUU